GGGCCGAUUUCAUAAUCAUUCACUUAAAGCGACCUUAGCUAAAUGGGACUUUAGGAUAAAAGUGACUUUAAAAUUUGUUCAGUUUCAUAACCUGAAGUAAAGCGACUUUAGCUAAAGGCGACUUUAACCAUACUUUAACGUUAAAAAUUCAUGUUGGUAACACCGAUUCCUAGUUAAUAGUUCAAAUGAGUAUGAAAUUGUAUGUUAUUUGAUCUAUGGUUAUACCACAGAUGCUGAGUUAUCUGCUGUUACAGAUUUUUAUUUCUCUGUCCACGUGUUCACCACGAGAUCAUUUCAUUUUAUUCUUGGUGUUUGGCGUGUGUUGACGUGUUUGUUUACUGUAAUAUCGUUUUUAUUUUAUAUUUCCUAGUUGUUUCUAAUAUUUUGUAUAGAGAUGUCUGAAAGUCUUUUUAAAACUCCGAAAAGAAGCCGGGGUGCUAAUUUUACCAAGGAGGAGGAAUUGAUACUAUUAGAAGAAGUAGCAAAAUAUUGGAACAUUAUAGAAUGCAAAACUACAAACAAAAUAAACAAAAAGGAGAAGGACUAUGUUUGGGACAAAAUAUUAGCUUCCUAUAGUCAAAGAGUAGGAGUAGUAACAAAAAAAGUUGAGCAGCUGCAGGGGAAGUACGACAACUUAAAAACGAAAGCAAAAAAAGUUGUUGCUGAAUCUAAAAAGAAUAUUUUGGGUACUGGCGGUGGUCCAUCAAAUAAUGAUCACAUAGAUCCAGUCAUACAAGCAGUUUUGAAUAUUUUAAAUUCUAAGUUAGUGGCUGGACUUAAACCACAACAUGAUUGUGAUACUGAUGUGGUUUGUGUAAGUGAGUCACAACCAUCGACCCCCAGUGAGCCACAACCAUCGACCCCCAGUGAGCCACAACCAUCAACCUCCAGUGGGCCACAGCCAUCGACCCCCUGUGAGCCACAAUCAUCGACCUCCAGUGGACCACAACCAUCGACCUCCAGGGAUCAACAGUCAUUGACUGGAUUCACUAUUAUUCCCGUUUCGCCACCAUACAUUAUUCAGCUCGACCAGAAAGAAAAGGAAGGAAGUACUGACAAUCCUGAAACACCAAAUACAAAUUUGCCAGUGGUAGAAAAACAAUUAGAAAGUGAAUGUAAAAGGAAAACCGAAGACUGGAGCAAUUAUACUCCUACAAAAUUGAAAAAAAAACUGCUAAGCAGCUGAGACCUACAGUAUCGAAUCCUCUGCAUACAGUUAAAUUAGAAUAUUACAGGGUGAAAACUGAAUUAAUGGAGAAGAGUAUGGGAUUGCAACAGUUGGAAUACGAAAAAAAA